AUGUCUCUCUUUAUCCUUGCCGAGACGCCAGCAGGCUACGGCCUGUUCAAGUCUGCGGACAAGAAACUGUUCAAGAAUGACGACCUCGCCGCCGAGCUCGGUCGCCCCGAGAAGCUGGUGGAAAUGCUCAAGUUGAAAAAGUUUGUCAAGUUUGAAAGCGCCGCCAUGGCCCUCGAAGAGGCCGCCUCUCUCAAGGAGGGCAAGAUCCCCGAACUCCUGACCUCUAUCCUCGAAGACCUCAAGUCCGAGAAGAAGGCUUCCAUCGCCGUCGCCGACAUGAAGCUUGGUACCGCCAUCUCCAACCUUCCCGACCUGAACAUCACCCCCGUUGCUGGCUCCAACACGAUGGAUGUCUUCCGUGGCAUUCGUGAGCACCUUCCUUCGCUCAUUCCCGGUCUCGCCCAGGAGAACAUUGACCGCAUGUCCCUCGGUCUCUCUCACUCGAUGUCUCGCCACAAGCUCAAGUUCUCUGCCGACAAGAUUGACUCCAUGAUCAUCCAGGCCAUCAAGCUUCUCGACGACAUGGACAAGGAGCUCAACGUGUAUGCCAUGCGUACCAAGGAGUGGUACGGCUGGCACUUCCCCGAGAUGGCCAAGAUUCUCGGUGACAACCUGGCCUACGCCCGCCUAGUCCUCAAGGUCGGCAUGCGUGAAAAGAUGUCCACGACUGAUCUCUCUGAUAUUCUCCCCGAGGAGAUGGAGGCUGCCAUCAAGGCCGCCGCUGAGAUUAGCAUGGGUACUGAGAUUACUGAGGAGGAUCUGCACAACAUUCAGCUCCUUGCCGACCAAGUUCUCGUUUACACCAACUACCGUGCCGAGCUCUCUUCCUACCUCGAGAGCCGCAUGCGUGCCAUUGCUCCCAACCUGACAGCCCUCCUCGGCUACCUCGUCGGUGCCCGCCUCGUCGCCCACGCCGGUUCUCUCCUUAACCUUGCUAAGGCCCCCGGUUCCACCAUCCAGAUUCUCGGUGCCGAGAAGGCCCUAUUCCGUGCCCUCAAGACCAAGCACGACACGCCCAAGUAUGGUCUCAUCUACCACUCUUCCCUCAUUGGCCAGGCCACUGGCCGCAACAAGGGCAAGAUUGCCCGUAUGCUGGCUGCCAAGACUGCCCUUGGUCUCCGUGUCGAUGCCCUCGGCGACCAUGAUGAGGAUGCUGAAGAUGAGGAGCGUGCCAUGCUCGGCCUGAGCAGCCGCAUCAAGCUUGAGAACCACCUCCGCAAGCUCGAGGGUCGCCCUCUGCUGCCCAAGGGUACCAACGUCGCUCCCUCGGGUGAGGUCGUGGCCCCUGGCCAGUUGUUCACCCUGAAGGAGACGCGCCGCUACAACGUCGACGCCGACGGUGUUGAUGGUGAGGAUGAGGCCGCCACCAACGGCGACUCCAAGAAGAGCAAGAAAGACAAGAAGAAGAAGAAGAUUGAGGUCGUCGAGGAGGACGAGGAUAUGGACGAUGCCGAUAGCGACGACGAGGACGUAUCCACACCCAAGGUUGCCAAGCUGUCGAGCUCCGAGUACGAGCGCCUAGCUGAUCUUGCCGGCCUCUCGGUCAAGAAGUUCAAGCGCAAGUACGAGCGCGGCGACAUCCACGUCGAGGACGGCAAGCCCCGCGUCUUCUCCAAGAAGGAGAUGAAGAAGCUGCGCAAGGAGUCGGCCGCGACGCCGACCAAGGCCUCUGCCGACGAGGGCAAGAAGAAGAAGCGCAAGCACGACUCGGACGACGAGGACGAGCCCGAGCCGAAGAAGGAGAAGAAGCAAAAGAAGAAGAAGCGCGAUGCUUAG